UGACCUCUUCGUUUCUAGCGAUUUGAAUUUAAGGCAGCGAUGACCUUUCCGAAAAGAUCACGACCAGUUGAGGGUCGAUAAAAAUCCUUCUCGCCAGAUAUUUCUAGCGGUAAGGUUCGGUAUGAUCACCACGUCGAAGCUACGGAAGCAUACAGCUUUCAUCGUGCCCUGCCAUAACGAAGCGCCAUGAGCCAUUAUCCAACCUAAACAAAAACCGAUACAAUAUUCUUAUCGAUUAAGGCGAAGUGCCACACAAACUAAGCGAAAAAUAUUUCGAUAACACAAAAAAGGACAAACGACAUAAACUCAAUAGCAAUAUCCACAUUGACAUUGAUACAAAUACUGAUAAGCAUUCCGCACAUUUGAUCCAGACACCUCGGUUCUCUGUAGCUAAGCAGUCGAUUGCGUUGCUAAAAAUAUGAAACUACUGUCGACAAUAAUGAAGCAGUGCUUCCUGCUGCUGACCUCGCUGUUUUUUGCUCGUGGCAUCAACGGCACGGAAGAGUUAGUCCAGAAACUUUCCACGGGAGAAAAUCCGGCUAAAUUUAUCGAGCAAAAAAUAGAUUCACACGACGUGAGUAUUCAGUAUCGUUGCGCCGUAUAGUUACCGUUCCUGUUGCCGGGGCAAUCAAACGGCAAGCGAUAUGAGGAAAUGAACGAUCGAAUGCAACCAAUCAGAAAGCCAAUCGAUCACCAGCUGUUUUGUUUGGUUAUGGCGUCUACAGUUUGUCUCGACAAAUUUCUUCUCGUCAACCACGAUACCAAUUUAGGCAGUUGAUGGACUCCCCUCUCACAUGCGUUUUGGCCUCUUCCUUUUUCGUUGUCCUUCGAACCAAUACCGCGAACCGCUUAUACCUUUUAGGUCAUGGUGUUCGCUCGGAGCUACGGGCCCCAUAACCGCCGGGCCAAGGACCUUCUCCGGAGAUUGUCCAGGGCCCUAAACGUAAACGUCGAAUUCCUAGACGUCGAUUUGCUGCCGGGUUGGGAUAAAUCGUUGCUCAUGACGGAGCUGCAAGAACUCACGGGACAGUGGUCCUUCCCGAAUAUUUUCAUCGGUAAGAAGCACAUUGGCGGCAACAAGGAAUUGGAUCAGCGGCACGCCCUGGGGGAAUUGGAGGACAUGAUUAAAGAAGCCAGCAUAGGCCAAGAACUUUAAUGAAUGAUUAGCGGACCGAUGCAUAGUAUAAACUAUUUGGGCUAUCGAAUGCAUGUGGCACUGCACUCCAUAAACUCUUACUAGCUUCCAGUGGUAGUCAAGACGAACGAACAACGCUUAAUACUCUAUUGGCUUUCCACACUGCCAACCACAGCGCAAAGAGUCACAGAAAACAACAAAACAUCGUCUUCCAACUGCUUGCAAAAAUGAUAGCACCACCUGUAAUAUAAGAAACACUUUAUUUAAAACAGGAAACAAUCGUGUUUGCAUCGUCCGUGCUUUUCGGAGAUUUCGAUUGGGUUGGAUUGAACUGGGCUUGGGAGACUGCUUCGGAAUUGCUGGCAAGGAAUGGAGAGCCAGUACCAUGUCACAUGGGAGGAGACAUUCAUUCAAAGUUAUUGACCAACGGGAAGGUGACAUUCCUUCAUCGGAAUCUUGACGUCAAUCCGCCACUGUUGGUCAUUGUUUUGAAAAACGAGUUGCCCACCAGCAGCAACACUAGCGGACGAAUCAAAUCGAAUGAAUCGCUGUGUUGCGGGUUCACUCGUUGGGGUUGGUUUCUGAUACACGCCUUCUAAUAUGUAAUGGGUUAAAGUUCUCACUGGGAAGUCCAAGAUACUUCGUUGUGGGUAGAGGAGAUAUUAGGUCUUGCGACACCGAGACUAGUACUAGAAUCAACCGGUGUACGUUGUUGACAGAACAGUGACCCCGAAAGUUCCGCUCAACAAUCUACAAUUGAAAGUUACUUGUUGUUUUCUGCAACUACUCCUGCUUUGGCUCUUGAUUAAAAACAACGAUGUGAUAAAAUACUAUCACAUCCAAAAAAUAAUUAAAAUGUGAUCAGUUUA